CUUGGUCAUAACUUCAUAGUUUUCUCCCAAGAAAAAGAGAAACCAAACAGUAAGUGGGGAACCUCGAAGCUAGUUCAAACUAGUGGGAGGUUGAUCCACGUUCGAACUUCAAAUCCAAAUUUAAACAUAAAUCCAAACGUUAGAUCAUUAGAUAAUGGCUCGUGGAAAGAUUCAGCUGAAGAGGAUCGAGAACCCGGUUCACAGACAAGUGACGUUUUGCAAGAGGAGAACCGGUCUUCUCAAGAAGGCUAAGGAGCUCUCUGUGCUCUGCGACGCUGAGGUCGGCGUUAUGAUUUUCUCUCCCCAGGGCAAGCUAUUUGAGCUCGCUACUAAAGGAACAAUGGAAGGAAUGAUUGCUAAGUACAUGAAGUGUACCGGUGGUGGUCGUGGUUCUUCUUCUGCUACUUUUACUGCUCAAGAACAACUUCAACCUCCAAAUCUUGAUCCAAAAGAUCAGGUCAAUGAGCUUAAGCAAGAGAUUGAUAUGCUUCAGAAAGGAAUAAGGUAUAUGUUUGGAGGAGGAGAUGGGACGAUGAAUCUUCAAGAACUUCUUUUGCUUGAGAAGCAUCUUGAGUAUUGGAUUUCCCAUAUUCGCUCUGCUAAGAUGGAGAUUAUGCUUCAAGAAAUUCAGUCCUUAAGGAACACGGAAGGGGUCCUCAAAAAUGCCAAUAAGUACCUCCUCGAAAAGAUUGAGGAGAACAACAAUAGCGUAUUAGAUGCUAACUUCGCAACUGUGGAGACUAACUAUUCUUAUCCGCUAACAAUGCCAAGUGAAAUAUUUGAGUUCUAGAUCAUACGGUAUUUGAAGACUAGUCUUACGAUAUCAAAUGAUCUUGAUAAGUACAAUCAGUGUUGUUAAAUCACACAUAACUAUAAUAAAGCAUGUGGAACAUGCUAUGCUGUUGAAAUUUCUGUGUGUGUUUUUUCCUCUUAUUUCUACUUUGUUGGUGUGAGCAAUAUAAUGACUACAAGUAUGGUGUGUACUUAAAGUCUUUCUAAUUUCUAUGUAUGAUUGAAUUUGUGGACUA